CAGUGUAGUGAGAGGACACACUGUGUACAUACUGUACACCUCAGAAUGAUCAUGAUUGCACUGGUAUGGAUUACAGCCCUGUUUUUUAAUAAAAUCGAUUGUACAUACAGAAAGGGCGUCGAUCAGCUGAACCCGUUCAUCUCUGCCGUUGUUGGUGAUAACGUGACCCUUCAGUGCUUCAGAAUUGGGGAGGUGAACACCGAUUCCAUCGUUUGGUACAAGCAGAAAGUCGGACAGAAGCCUUGGGUGAUGGUCACCGUUCAACACGAACCCAAAUACGAAAAUGAUUUCAAUCCACCGAAAUUCAGCAUAGAACAAGAGAAGAAAGAAGAUAAAGACGGCUUCCAUUUGAAAAUUGCCAACGUGGAACCAUCAGAUGAAGCCACAUAUUACUGUGGACAUAGAGAUUUUCUAACAAGGUUUGGAAAUGGAACCUUUUUAUCAGUGGCCGGUCAUGGAGAUGUAAAAGUGUCAGUGUUGCAGAGCAGCAUGUUGAACCCGGUUCCUGCAGGAACAUCAGUGACUCUGCAGUGUUCGGUUCUCUUUGAGAGCAGAACAGCAGAACUCCAAGUGCUCUGGUUCAAAGCUGCUUUAACACAAUCCCAUCCUCAAAUCAUUUACACUCAUCACAACAGCAGCCUUCAGUGUGAGAGUGAAUCUUCUAAACAAACCUGUGUGUACAACUUCUCUAAGAAGAUCCUUAGUUUGAAUGAUACUGGCACUUAUUACUGCGCUGUGACCGUGUGUGGGAAACUCGUUUUUGGGAACGGAACACGAGUACAGCUGGAGAGAUCUGUGGAUCCUGCAGUGAUCUUCCUCGCUGUAGCUUUGAGUGUGUGUGUGCUCCUGAUCUUUGCUAUGGUCUGUAUCAUAAGCAGUCAAUUUAAAAACCAUGAACAUUUUGGUGUGAGUCAAGGUUCAGUGACAGACGAGACCCUCAGUCAGGACUGUGUCACUGCAGAGGUGAAUUACGCUGCCUUAAAUUUUACUGAGAGAACCGGCAAAAGAGGACGAGUAAAGAGACGACAACCUCAAGAUAUUAUAUACUCUGAUGUGCGACGUCCUUUUGUAACUUAGAUUUGAUAACUAAUCUGAUUCAGUGUUUUAUUUCUGUUAUCAGAUUUCAUUUGUUUGUAUAUGUUUUUUUCUGUAUUAUUGUUCAAGCUAAAUAUAAACUAAAAUAUGAUCCAGAAUGAUCUAGAAGUCUCAAAAUCAAUGAAACACUGGAACACUUGUUCUGCCUGUGCAGUCUGUGGUUUUCUUGGCAUUGUACCUGCAGGAAAUGUAGCAGGACUUUUUUUUUUUUAACUCCUUCUGAUUAGGCUAUGUCUUCUUCCUGUAUAAAACACUAUAAUAUCUAGUAAGUAGCUUUGUUUUUUAACUAGGUUUAUAUAUAUAUAAUAAAUUAUA